ACAAGCCAACCAAGAAAAUGUCAACCCAACGACAAGCCACCUCCGCCUCACAAACCCCGCACAUCUCCCCCGCCGAACUCUCCUACCUCUACACCUCGCUCAGUCUCCCCCAGAACCCCAUCCGACCCGAUGGCCGCUCGGCGACGCAAUUCCGGCCCCUGACCGCCGAGACCGAUCUGCUGCCCGGCACGAACGGCAGCGCGCGCGUCGGGUUCGCGGACGGGACGCAGGCGAUCGUCGGUGUGAAGGCCGAGGUGGAGCGGACGGUGGUGGGUGCUGCGGCCAGUUACACUCUUGCAGAGGCCGAAGGCGCGGGGGAUCUUGAUGGGGAGGGUGGGGAGGGGUCGGGUUCUGCCGCUGGUGCUGGGGCUGCUACGGCCGGUCAUGGGUCGUGGGUGCAGAUGAGUAUUGAGAUCCCUGGGUUUCGGGACGACGAUGCCCUGCCUGUGUUUCUGGCGGAGAUGAUGCGGGAGCCGUUGGUUGAGAGUGUCUCUUCUGGGGGUAAGGGUGGUAACGGUAGUGAGGGAGGGGAGAUGGAGGGGGGUUUGAAGGGGCGGUUGGUGAUUAAUCGGAGGUGGCAUUGGCGGUUGUAUAUUGAUGUAUUACUGCUAUCGCAACCACUCUCCUAUCCUCUCCCCCUGUUGUCCCUGACGACACAUCUGGCGCUUCUGGCGACGAAACUCCCCAAGUUGAAAUCCAAGGGCGAGGAGGAUCCCUUCUUCGACGAUGACUGGAAUGCGGCCGAGUAUUUGUACCCGAGGGCUUCAUCUUCGUUCCCCAAGUUCGGCGGUGGCACGGCGACAGGUGGUGUUCCUCCUCCCGUGCAACAUUUCCGGCCGCCGGUGACCCUUCUGGUGAUCGCCGUGGGCGACAAUGUCAUCUUCGAUCCGAACCGCGAGGAGAUCGCUGUCGCCGAUACCGUGCUGGCCAUCUCGGUGACGCGCGAUGGCGGUGCCGAGGGCGGCCUGAAGUUGUUGUCGAUCCGGACGAUUGAUCCCCCCUCGCGGCUGACGCAGCCUGGGGUGCCAAAUUCCGAGAAUGUGGCGACGCUGGGGGCUACGGCUGGUGCUGCUGGCUCGGAGGAGCAGCAGUCGGCGGCGGUUCUGAAUUCGGUGACGGGCGAGGAGGAGGUUCCUGGCGUGUGGAGGCCUCGUCGCGGCGGGGUGAAGAGGCGGACGGUGGCUAAGAUGGUCAAGUUGGUGCUGGAGAAGGGUGGGGUUGGUGAGGAAGUUCUGGAGGGUUUGGAGAGUGUGGAGGUUGGUUGAGCGGUUCGGGAGGGCUUGGAUGGUGCUUGUCGCUCUGGGUGGCUAAAAUGUCAUCCCACAUGGCAGACACAUCUUCUGGGCUUGUUUGCGAGGAAAGGGAAGCGCAUAUCCGCCUAAAAGAGCGUGAUUCUAGACCACAGCGAUAACUCGCCCGAUGCUUAGCCCCCGGUAGACACGAGCACAACCCGCCGAGGAGGAUAGAAAGCUAGUAGUAUUGUACAUAGACCUAAGAUAUGCU